UCUCGACGAAGAGGAGUGUGCGUUAAAUUUGCCCGCGGCUCACAUGCCGCAGGAAGUGCAUCUCUCGCUUCCCCCGCCGAGCCUUCUCGGCACUAUUGGCGGCACAAGCUCUUCCUUCUCUUUCCUUCCUCUCCGUUCUCUUUUCCAUUCCUUCUCCGGCGAAGAAAUCAGCUGCAGCAAUGGCGGCGGAGGCAUCUACAUCGGAACCUUCAGAAGACUCCGUAAUCGGGAGCCUGGUAAGCCUGAUAUCCAAGGAUGGGAUCAGGUACGAGGGCAUCAUCUACUACUUAAAUCCCGAGGGACCUAGCAUUGGCCUUCGAAAUGUUCGUUCCUUUGGGACUGAAGGAAGAAAAAAAGAUGGUCUACAAGUUCCUCCUAGUCAGAAAGUAUUUGAUUUACUAAUAUUCCAUGGAAGUGAUAUUGAGGAUGUGUCGGUUAAGUUCUUGCCACCUGUUAUAGGUGCACCCGUACGUGAUGAUCCAGCUAUUGUUCAGUCUCACUAUUCUCCUUUGGGUCCUGCAUCAACUGCUGGAAGUGGAAGUAUAUCAGAUCAGAGUUCCCAAGCAGUUCAACCUGCACAUCCAAGGUCCAUUUUUCAAGAUGGUUUGCCUCUCUACCAAACCGCCAAAAACAUAGAAUCUUGGGGAUCAACUCUUCCCGUAGCUAAUUGCUCUGAACUUGGAAUACCAAUGAAUUUGCAAGAAUUUUAUGAACCAACGAGUGGACUUUCUCAUUUGCCGCAGAAACCCUUAUUUCCUGCACCGCCUGUAUUAUCAAUUCCUCAUUCUCUGCCACAGCCUGCACAAUUUUCUAAUAUAAAUUCAUUGUUUCUAACUGGAACCCUUGGCUUUCAUGAGGCUGCCUGCCUCCUACCGCCGCUAGUCAGCAGUACCUCUACUUCAGUUUCUACUUCUAUGCAACAUCCCACUAUAAAUUCACUAUUUAAAACAACAACUCCUAGUUUUCCUAAGUUUAUUCCUCCAUUAGAACCUCCAGUCAGAUAUAACCCAAAUCUAAUUUCUACUUCUUUACCAGCCACAGUAACUCCCACUCAGGUUAAUUUAUUGGAUAUUAAACGAUUACUUAGUCUUCAUCCAAAUAUAUCUCUUGUGAACUCACAUCCUGAUUCAAUUUUUGGUAUUAAUUUCCCAGUAGUGCCUCCGUUGGGCUAUAACAAUGCUCCUGGAACAUCCGUACCUGAAAAUAACAAUUCUAUUCGUAGUAGUCCAAGUAAUGAGUCUCCAUCCCUCCCAUUUCGAAUGAUUUCUCAGUCUAUGCCUUCGAGUACUAGUUUUUUCAGUUCAAUCCAGGGUGAUACAUUAUUACCUUUAGCUACUCCUGAUCAACUACAGCAUCCUAGCUAUUCUACGCUUCCUUCAUACUCACUGGUACAAGCAAUCCAUGAAGAUGCAAAGUUCAAAGCACAAGAACCUCAAUCUGAACCCUUGACGUAUGAGCUGCCACCACCAGCAACAUCUAUGAAGGAGCCAUUAUUACCAAUGCUUCCUACCGGAAGGCCUAAUGAAGCCGCAUCUUAUGCUAAUUAUUACUACAGAAGUCAAAGUCAUGGACGAGGUAGAGGCAAUGCGUUCUCAGAGCCAGUAACCAGCUUUAGUGAAGACUUUGAUUUCAAUGCAAUGAAUGAGAAGUUCAAUAAAGCUGAAAUCUGGGGCCUCCUUGGCAAAGGUCAAGCACUAGUAAAGUCUGAUGACAGAGGACAGUCAAGUAAUGUGAAUGUUAUCGAGGAAGAAGAGAAUUCUCUAAAUCUUAAGAUCCAGCCUGCCUACAGUAAGGAUGACUUCUUUGACACUCUUUUUUCCUACACAUCUAAGCCUCGUAGACCCAGCGGAAGGACUAGGGUCCCGGAGCAGUUGAAUGUCAACUUGGAGGUUGCAAUGGCCUUUGAUGAUUUUCGGACUAGAUCGAACAGGGGAGGUGGCCGGCACUUCCGCCGUGGCAGUGGUGGUCGUUGGCGUGGCUAAACUAGAGCUCCUAGAUCAAGAACUUCUGGCAUCUGGAAACCCAGGUUCACUUUAAUCUUUGUUAUUGAAAUAAGCAAAUCGAUGGUCACAAUGGCAUGCUUGCAAUAAAUAUGCUUUGUUUGCUGCUACACUCAUGUGUCAGCUUUCCUAUGGCCAGGGUUUUAGAUAAAACCAAGGCCUACAUGUGUUUGAUACAAAAGGCCUGAGAAUUUCAAGAUUUAUGUAUUUGGUAAAAAUAUAUAUUAGUGUUUGAAGAAAAUUUGGGCUUAUAUAUUUACAUUUGAUAUAGAAGGUUUGAUAGACA